AUGGCACCACAGACUGCCAUUCCCGCAUCACUUCCGCCCUCGGUCGAGGAAGCAUACCGACGAAAAUGCGUCCAGCUCAAGAACCGCACAAACGAAGUUGAGGAGGCUAACGACGCCGCCCGGCUCCGCCUGACGCGCAUCAAGCGCCAAGUAGAAAAGCUGCGAAUCGAGCGCGCGUUUCUGCUCGAGCAGCUUUCGAAGCGCACGAGUGCCAAUGUCGAGGACUCAGAAGGCAGCCCUAGCCCGCCACCAACACCCAAGGAAAAGCCUCUGCGCAUAAAGCGCGGUCACCGAAAGGUGUCCACCAUUGCCGAGGAUGGCAAGGAGGAUGGCGGCCCCGAGUCGCCGACCCAGGAAACCAGCGCGCGCGGGAGCAAGCGAAAGUCCGCUAAUGGCGUACGUAAGACGAAAAAUAUCGCCAUUGUCAGGUCGGCAUUUGAUCUCUUUUGCGACGAGACGCGACCCAUCCUAGAAGCCAAGGAUGCCGACAGCAAUAUUGUGGAGGAGCUUGUCAAAGGCUGGGAAGAGCUCCCUGAGGUGGACAAGGAGGUCUACCAGAAGCGGGUGGAAAAGGCCGUGGAAAAGGACACCGAAGAGAAGGAGGGAUCUCCCGAGGCCGACGUGGCACCCGGAAAAGAGGCCAAUGAUGACAAGGAGGAUGACAAGGGAGACGACAAGGAAGAUGACAAGGGCGAAGACGGUGACGAUAACAAGGGCGAUGGCGAGGAUGAGGAUGUCGAAAUGGCCAACUACGAUACCGACGACCAGGAAACACAGAUGGACUAA